GUAUAUAAUGUUGAGCAGCGUCUACUUGAACCACAGUGGAACAAGACUCACCUGACUUAACUACUCCUUCAUCUUCAAUCUCAGAUCAACAUGGCAUUUGUUUUGGGAGGUGCCAGUGCCAUCAUAGGCGGGGCGGCCCUGACUGCUGUCGCUGGUGCUGUCGGCUUGGCACUCAUUGGCUCCGCACGUCGAAAUUUUGGUGGCCGACGUUCCAACAGAAGGCGUUUUGGUAGAAGGGGCAGACGGGCGGUGGAUGAGGAGCAAUCUGCCCUUAACAAGAUGCUGGAGUUGGUGAAGAUGGAGGACACGUCAAGCUGCGGCAAGAAGCUCAUGUGUGAGCUUGCAGCCCAGCCCUAUGACAGCCUCCCGCAGUUGGGACGUGACAUAACCACCUUGGUCGGAUCUGUGAAGCCUGGGGAAGGGCUCCUCCCUCCUGGUGGUGCUGGAGAGUACAUGGGAGCCAAGAGUUAUGGUGCCCUCGGAUGGAAUUGUGGGGAGCUGUACAACACGUGUCCAUAUGAUAGUCAGCAGAUGAUGAGCAUACUGACCUACAAGCUGGGUUAUUGAGUCCGUCUCACCUGCACCCACUGUCUGCCCUGAGAGGAAAAAAUCCCACCUAACUUCACCUAACCUAACCUACAAGGGCAUUAGAAUUCAAUAGAAACUGAAGUAAGUGGUAUUCUAAAAAGGUGGGGUUUUGUCCGUGUAUUCAUUUGUCCACACAGCAGCUUCUGGCGGGUCACAAUCAGGACUUUACCUGAUGGGGGACCACUGAUGGGCUGAUUGGCUAAGAUGGGUCUUGUCUAAUAUCAUCCACUGUUUAAAUCAUUAUAGGUUGGUGCGCCAUCGUGUGUGUAAACUCACCACGUUGACGGCUCCUGUAAAUAAUAUUCGUAUUUCAUUAUCUAUGCACUUUUAAAUCUCUCCAUGGCUUUUAUAUAAUGUAUAAUGAGAUAACUGUCAUCAUCGUGUGGCAAUGCUCAAUCUAUACACUAAACACUACUUGGACAGAAAUGAAAAACGAAAAUUUAUCCAUUUUUCAUUUCGAGUCACAUGAUGAACACAAAAUUGAUUCUUACAAAACCAAUAAAAAUAUCACACCAAGAAUUAUUUUUAUUUCAA